UUAUUUUUUUUGUUGUGCAUUACUUAUACUUUUUUUUUGUUUUGUGAGUGUUUUGUGGCAAGUGCUAGUACUGAAGAUGUUGCAACAUCGUGUCGUCCUUUUUGGUUGCCUGUUGUUUGUUAGCGCCGUCGUUGCCGGUCGUCUGAACCAACGUUAUUUGCCCUCAAACCAAUAUCUGGCCCCACAGUCCACUCAGCUGCACUAUCAUGGUGUUAACGGCGCUCAGUCCCAUGGCAGAAUUGCUGGAGUUGGAGCUGGAGCUGGAGCUGGAAUCGGAGCUGGAGUUGCCUCGUCUUUUGCUGGACACGGACAAGGACAAGGACAUGGACAAGGACAUGGACAUCGUCAGCAGCAGAUUCCCAUUGUGAGGAGCGAUUAUCAGAGCGAUACCAGCGGCAACUAUAACUUUGGUUUCGAUACUGGCAAUGGAAUUCAUCGCGAUGAGACUGGCGAGUUCAAGGGAGGCUGGCCCCAUGGUUCCCUAGGCGUACGUGGCUCCUAUUCCUACACUGGUGAUGAUGGUCAACAGUAUACGGUUAAUUACAAGGCCGACAAGAACGGUUUCCAUGCGGAGGGUGCACAUUUGCCAACCUCUCCAUCGCUGCCUGCCGAUCAUCAUCAACAUCGUAGUGCCGCUGGCUCCGCUGGAGGAUAUCAUGCUAAUUCCUAUCAUGGUGCUGCCAGUUCUCCAGCAACUUCAGCCCGUUAUCUGCCUGCUGGUUAUCGUCAGCGCAGACAUUUCUAGAUCUCUACCACAUUUUCGAUUGAACCCAAGCUCUUCAGAUUGGCCUGCACUCAAUUUAUAGUUCUAUUCUUUAAGAAAAUGUAUUUUUUUUCGAAUAUGAAUAAAUUUUAGUUGAAUUUCCCGAUA